AUGGGAAAAAGAAUGAAAGAUAAAUUUGACAAGUACUGGGGACUUUGGCACACAAAGGAGAAGGACAUGAAUGACAGAGAGAAGGAAAAGGCGAAGGGGAAGGGAAGGGGUAAGGAGAAGAAGAAGCAGAAUAUCAAUUUACUGAUUUUUGUUGCUGCAGUUAUUGAUCCAAGAUACAAGCUAUCUCUGUUCACAAAUGCUAUUGUUGAUGAAAUAUUUGGUGAGGAAAAGGGACAUCAAGUUUGGGAAGCUCUUAAAGCUUCUGUCCAUAACUUAUUUGAUGAAUAUAGGGAUCUUUAUGCUCCAACUGAAUUACCAAAUCAAGUACCCGAACCAAGACAAUCAAAGGGAGACAGAGGAGCCUUGUUCACUGAUGUUAUAAAAAAGAAGUUGAAGAUGAACAAUGGUUCGAUUAUGUAUGUCAAGUCAGAACUUGAUAAAUAUCUAGCUGAAGAUACCGAGGAUAUAGAGAGCAAUGUUGACAUUCUAGCUUGGUGGAAGAACAAUGCCGCUCGAUUUCCAAUAUUGGCACGCUUGGCCCAUGAUGUCCUUGUUAUACCCAUCUCAACAGUAGCAUCAAAGUCUGCUUUCAACAGAAGUGGGCGUAUUUUAGAUGACUUUCGUACAUCCCUUACUCCAUUCAUGUUGGAAACUAUGGUGUGUGCACAAGAUUGGCUGAGAAUGGGAACACCUAUUGACAUUCAAGAAAGUAUGGAGGAGUUGCAUGAGCUUGUGUGGACUGGUGUUGGAGAGUUGCUGAUGUGUGGACGCCGGUCCCUGGCAUCGCCGUGGACACGCUGUUCCUCCUCGUCAUCCAGGCGCUCGCCAUCAUCCUCGUCUCCAACCUCUUCCACUCCUUGCUCCGGCGGUACAACCAGCCCAAUGCCAUCUCCGUCAUAUGCAGUGCAGGGUCAAUUAACUAGCUGGCAACGGCAUGUAUGUAUGUAUCUCGCGUGCGUGCAGGCCGGCAUGGUGGUGGGCGGCAUGGGGCUCCGCAACGCCAUCGUGCACAUCGACGUGGACAAUGUGGAGGACAUGUACAACGGGUACAUCGCGGCGACGCGCAUCCUCUACAUGUUCCUCGUCGGCCUCGAGACGGACAUCGCGUCGCUGCGGAGCACCGCCCGGCGCUGCGUUGCCUUCACCUACGCCACGGUGGCGGCGAGCCUCCUCCUCGCGGCCAUCGUGUCGAGUGGGAUGUACGGGAGCAUGAUGCACUCCCCGGUGAGGACGCCCGAGAUGCUGGCCGCCACCCUCAUGGUGGCGCUGACAAACACGUCGUCCCUGUCGGUCGCGCGGAUCGCCGACGACCUCAAGCUCACGGUGACCGAGAACGGGCGGCUCCUCGUGAGCGCCGCCAUCGGCACUAACAUCAUAUGCGUCAUCGGCGACGGCGUGCUGCGGUCCACGAGGAUGGCGAGGGAGAACAGUAUGGACGUCUCCCAGGGCUUCGUCGCGCUAACCGGGGUGGGGCUCGCCCUAUGGCUGGUGCGGCCCGCCGUAACACGCGUCAACCAGCGCAACGUCGGGCAGCACCAUGUGAGGAGACGCGACCUGGCGUUCAUGAUCUCGGCCAUCUGGAUCGUCGGAAACUUCCCGCAGAAGCUUGGCUUCGACGGGUUGCCCACGAGCUUCGCUCUGGGGCUGGUGUUCCCGAGGGAAGGCCCCGCGGCACGGUCCGUCGCGGACGCCCUCGUGCCACCCGUGAACGGAUUGCUGAUCCCCUUCUACUUCGCCACCAUCGGGAUGCGGAUGAACUUCAACACCAUGUCUGGUGCCAUCAUCCUGCCCGGCGUGCUCAUGAUGCUGCUCGGCCUUGUCGGCAAGGCCAUCGGCGCGGCGGUGGCCUCCGCGUACCUCAACAUCCCGCUCUGCGACGCCCUCCGCUUCAGCGUGCUGCUCAACGUGAAGGGCCACGUGGACACCAUGAACAUGCAGUUCGCCAAAUCAGAAGGGGUGUGGGCGGAGCAAGCACUGUACGCGAUGAUCAUCGGCAACCUCGCAAGCACGCUGGUGGCUGGUCCGGCGGCGGCGGUUUUUGUGCGCAAGGAGAAAGAGGCGUACGCGAUGACGCACCAGGCCCUGGAGUCGUUGCGCGAGGAGGCGGAGCUGCGCAUGAUGACGUGCUCUCACAGCGCGCACUCCAUGCCCGCCCUGCUCAGCCUGGUGGAGCUGAUGGUGAUGGAGCCGGCCAAGCAGCCGGCGGUCCAGGUCGUCCACCUGUUCGAGGGCGGCCAUAAGCGUGCCGCUGCGGCGGCCGCGGCGGCGUCCCCGACGACGCCGUACCUGCCGCCAAUCAUCGACGAGUAUGACGCCGGACGCGAGGCCAUCAACGACAUGAACACGGUGGUGGACCUGUACCUGCGGUCGACGGGCAUCGCCUUGCAGCAGAUCGACGUGGUGUGCAGCAGCGCGUCCCGGGACGUGGACGCCGUGUGCCGCUGCGCCGCGGAGGCGCGCGCCGCCCUGCUCCUCCUCCCCUGCUACAGGGAGCAGCGGUACGACGGCAAGAUGGCGUGCCGGCUGGAGGAGCGGCGCGAGCUGAACGUGGGCGUGCUCGCCAAGGCGCCGUGCACCGUGGGCCUCCUGAUGGACCGGCCCUACAGGAGCAGCGGCGCCAGCUUCCAGGUCCCCACCAGCGUGGACACGAGCACCAGCACGCUGCUGCACCCGUGCAGCGACAGGGCGGUGAGGCACGUCAUCGCGGCGGUGUUCCUCGGCGGGGCCGACGACCGCGAGGCCGUGUCCGUCGCCUCCCGGCUGGCCGAGAACCCCAACAUCGGGCUCACAGUGUUCCGGUUCGUGAAGCUCAGCACGUACGACACCGUGACGUCGUCGUCCUCCAGGUCGGCCGCGGCCGCGGCGUGCGAAGGGCUGAGCCGGCCGUUCAACGACGCGGAGGUGGACGAGCGGUUCAUGUGGAGGUUCUACGAGAACUACGCGGCGACGGAGAUGGCUAUGUACGUGGAGAAGGUGGUGGAGAGCCCGGCGGACGUGGUGGAGACGCUGGACGCCAUGGCCGGGAUGUUCUCGCUGGUGAUCGUGGGGCGGGCCGGGCGGCAGCCCAAGGAGCUGCUGGUCGGGCUGGACGAGUGGGCGGAGGCCGGGCGGGAGUUGGGCGCCGUGGCGGAGAUCCUGGCGUCCAAUACGUCUAUGGAGAUGGGCUCCGUGCUCAUCAUGCAGCAGCACAGGGUGCUUGUGCAGGUGCCCCGAUGA